CUCACGGGUGUGAUCAUCCGAUCAACGCCGGACACUGACAUUACCAUGGUACGGCAUCAUACCAAGAACAAGCACGCUCCAAAGAACCAGGCGGAGCAAGCGGUCGCGGACGCGAAGCAGCUCGAUCGCUUUGCGGGAUCGAGCGAGGAAAGCGCUGCCGAAGACGACGACGUUUCGGUCGGAGUCCCCAAUGCGACAUCCCCAAUCCAUGCGCAAGAGUCCCUUUUGCUACAAAGCAACCGUCCCACCGCGACUACGAAAAAGCCUGCAAAUGAUCGCGAAAUUGAUAAUGUGCCACCUCGGGAGGAGUACAGCGCGGACGAAGAAUCAAAAGUCGAAUCGGAGCACGAUGACGACGGUGACGCAAUUUUGACCAAAUCCGCCGGCAUGGCGAGUGCCAUGUCCCGAAUUCUCGGAACCGAUGAAGGUCCGGGAUCGUCCAAGACUACAUUGGGUGCGAAACCUGUCGUGUUGGCCAAAACGACGACACCCCUCCAGCGCCAGGCGGCGCGGGAAAAAGAAUCCGUCAAGGCCGCCCAGGAAAAGCGACGGGCGAACCGGGAACGCACGUUGCAAGCCUGCCACGUGCCCUUAUCCGUGGCCACGACGUCGCACGUGGAUGAUUCCAACAAUGCUGGGGCUGCACUGGUACAAGAGCUGGAACAGGAACGCUCGCAUCGACGAGUGGCCACCAGAGGAGUGGUGGCCCUGUUCAACGCUAUCGCCCAACAUCAGCACCAGGUGGUGGAACCGGAAGCACCGUCUAGUCAAAUCAGUAAUAAGAAAGACUCCGUCAAGAAACUGACCAAGCACGGAUUCUUGGACAUGAUUAAAAGCAAAGCGGCGGCCCAAAAAGAGGACGAUAUGGCCAAAACGUCCAAGGGGGGUCCUGAUUCACGACGCACCACAGCCUCGGAUGCGGAGAAACCACAAUGGAACGCAUUGCAGGAUGACUAUCUAAUGAAUCCCAAAAAGAACUGGGACCAGGAAGACUCCUCUGAAGAAGACGGCAGUGGUAACGAAAGCAAACAACGCCCUGGUCCUCCAAAAAAGGCACGCAAGGCUCGCUAA